AAAGACCGUCAACCAUCCCCAAUUCAACUAACUCCUCACCUCAAACUCCGAAACCUUGCCUUGAUUCGAGUUACUCAUAUUCCUUCUCACCUCUACAUCUACUGUCUCUACAACACCAAGGCGACACUCUCCUCUCCCUCUUCGUCGCCGUCGCCGUCGCAGAGGAUCCACUGGCCGUAAGAUCGAAGACCAGACACCAGAUCUCACGACCUGAUUACCCUCGCCAUGUCCGCCCGCUUCGGUAUGCGCUUUGCGCAACAAACCGCCAGACAGACUUCGUCUACGGCAUCGCGUACUCCCUUCCAGUUCCGAAACACCAUCUUCCGACGAUAUCAGGGUACCGCUGCGAACCCGGCGGUUGAAGGAGCGCCGGCCGCGCAGCAAAGCAUUUUCCAGAGAUUAUGGACUAGCGAAGUUGGUAUUCGGACGGUACAUUUCUGGGCUCCCGUUAUGAAAUGGGGCGUCGUCCUCGCCGGUGCUACGGACUUUCUCCGACCACCAGAGAAAUUGUCUUUGACGCAGAAUUUGGCUCUUAUGGCAACCGGAUCUAUCUGGACUAGAUGGUGCUUCGUCAUUAAGCCAAGAAACGUGCUGCUUGCAGCAGUGAACUUCGCCCUGUUCAUUGUUGGCACGAUUCAAUGCGCUCGAAUCUUCCUGUACCAGCAAUCACAAAAGGGCACAGAGGGAGCCUUGAAGGAAAUGGAGAAGGAUGUGGUAGCUCCAGCCAAGAAGCUAGAGACGAAGGCUGAGCAGAAGAUAUGAUCAACUAUGUUUUCUGGGUCAAGGCAGGAGAGUAGGAGCAGAGUAGGCUGUAUCUUGACUGGACUGUUGAGCUGUGACCUUGGAUAUAGUGGAGGUCCUGUGCUCCCGACGCCUGGUAUACAAUAAAACAAAAGGUCUCCGAAGACUGACAUCUUGUGAAUGUGAAUCACUAUCAGUCAUCUACUCAGGUCUAGCAUGGACUACUCCCCUCUGUGAAACCUCGUUAUCAGCGACGGCUUCAGCACCAUGUGCUUGUUGCCUGACAAAGCAAGACCUAACAUCUAUAAUGCUUCGCCGUAGUCUCCAUAUACGGUGAAGUAGUAUCCUGGCGCAGCCCACCAUGGACGUCACUGUCCUCGAGUUGGAGAGUAUCACAAAUGCC